CGUUAAUUUGCCUCUUCUUACCAAUGUAUACACACCAAAACGUAUCUCCUUACUAAGAAGUACGAUGUUACUUGAUUCACUACCACUUGACAUCUACCAUUGAUUUUGCUUUUUACAAACAUCCAACUCAUUUGAAAGGGAACGGUUAACAAGAAUUUAUUUAUCUAUUUUAAAAUUGUAUUUUUUCUUUUUAAUUUUAUAAUCCUCGAAACCUUUCUCUUUUUGACACGUUGGAAGCUGAACCCAUUUCAAGUUUGCCAUCUCUUGUGAAAUCAGCUAUUUGCGUGCGUGCUACUCAAACAACUGAAGCAUAGUUGCUUGAUUUCUUUUUUUAUCUAAUAAAAAGAUAAAACUGGUCUCUCCUUGCACGCGCUUCUCUUCGGGUUUUGUUUUAGUACACGUAAUCACUUCUUCGCAGCGUUAUUGAGGUUAAUUCUUUACGUUGCCUUUCUUUUUUCUGCUUUUUAUUUUUAGAUAAAUCUACUGUAGGAACCUUUCUUCUUCGUCUGUGUUCCUUAGCUUAGAAGUCGCCUGUAACUUGCCGAGACAGUGAUAUUUUCCAUUGUGGGUUACUUCUUCGUUUUAAGGACUUUAGGAGGUUUGCUCCAGUAUUGUUUUUGAAAUUUUGUUUCGUUCAUAGAGUUCUUUUGAAAUCGGAUCUCUUGUGUGUUUCCCUUUCGAAGUCAAGUUGACAUAUACUUUUCUUCUCUCUUACCAAUUCGGUACGGAAUAAUCCAGUUUAUCCGUUGUUGAACCGUUCGGCUCGUAUACCAAUAGGGCGAAUAAGAAACGGAUAUUUGUUACGUAGUGUUCCGGUUUGUUUGUUUACAUCUUGCUCUAACGCGGUUAACUUCUCAGGAUUAGAACAAUUCGAAAAAAUUAACGAAUUUCCUUCUUUUCCUAUCUAAAAAGCUUUCGCUUGUCACUGUUUUUCUAUUUUUUCUUCUUCGUUUCAGUGUCGCCAAUUUGCAUUCACAAUUUCCUAUUCCAGGUGAUCUACCACCUAUUCCUCAACCAGCUGUAGUUCAUAUGAAGGGUGAAUUGAAUAUUCCUUCGCUGAGUCGAUUUGGGAAAUCGAUUUCGGCUUCUUUACAUCACCAAAAUGACCCUUCAAAUGAGGAUAACGAUACGGGUUCUCAAAUUCGUGGCUCAUCUAACAGCGGUUUAGGCCGUAGAAACUCCAUUUUUAGUAUCAACUCCUCGAAUGGUUUUGGUUCUUUGUCUGGCAAUCGUUCAACCAAGCAGUCCGCUGUACGACCUCCUCCUCUUGCCAGUUCCCCGGAUGAAGCUACAAUUGCUUUUUCAAACAAUAACUCCUCAACUGUUUCUACACCCGUAAAUAAUACAAUGCCUACCAAACCUCCCUUAACUUGGAGUCCUUCUUCAGCGAACCUUUUUGGGACUUCCCGUGUCACUUCUAUAAUUGGAAACAAUGUUUCAGAAAUCGUUCCUCCUGUCAUCAAGAAAGCUAUUGCUUCCUCACAUGGUGGUGGUAUGUCACUUUCCAUUGUUUUAUUAGAACCCGUUUUGUACCUUUCCGGAUAUGACCUCAAUGAGUGCCAAAAUGAGAAUCCUGUCAUUUUGCGUGGUGCCUUGGUACUACGUGUCGCCAAGCCAGCAAACAUUCGUGGCAUUUCUUUGUCGUUUGGUGGCCGUUCUAGGACAGAAUGGCCUGAAGGCAUUCCGGUCAAAGGACACGAAACUUAUGAGGAUAAAAUUAUCAUUUGCCACCAUUGGAAUUUCUACAAUCCAAAUAUGAAAGAUGCCGAUGCUCCUCAGCAUGGAGCUGACGUUGCCCGUCUCGUUGGUCAGCACGUUUCUCUCCCAUCUUCCUCUGCUGCUGGUCUUCGAGGCUAUAGUGUUUUUGCACCUGGUGAGUAUACUUAUAAUUUUGAUUUAGCAAUUCCAAAUUGCUUUCCCGAAUCGGUAGAGGCCAAAUUGGGUUGGGUACGCUAUUUUUUGGAAGCUACAGUUGAAAGAUUUGGUACAUUUAAGAGUAAUUUGAAUGGUCGGACGCCAGUUCAACUGGUUCGUACACCAUCACCUGCUAGUUUAUCUUCCAGUGAAUUAAUUAAUAUUUCGAGAGAUUGGGACGAGCGGUUACAUUACGAGCUACAAGUCUCUGGUAAGUCUUUUCGUCUUGGUGAGACUGUACCUAUCACUUUUAAGUUUUUAUUGCUUGACAAAGUCCGACUGUACAAAUUGUCCUUGUCUGUUGUCGAAACUGCUGAAUAUUGGUGCCGCAGCAGGAAGUUCCACCGAGUCGAUCCAAAACGCCGUGUGCUUUUGACGGAACGUUCUGUCAAACAACACCAGAACAUAGAUAGUUUAUUCUCUAUUCCCGAUGAAGGCGAUGGCAUAUCGAGUGCCAUUUUUAAUUUCGACGUAAAACUUCCUACGUGUUUAGUAAAAGAGCGGGACAGGUUGACGUUCGAUACCACUUAUAAGUACAUAAAGAUUCGACACAGGCUUAAAGCUCUUCUGGUUUUGUCUGUUGAAAAUGAGAAUAAUCCGGAUAAAAGGAAGUAUUUUGAAAUUAACAUAGAAACUCCUAUACGCAUCUUGUCUUGUCGGUGUGUAAAAGAUUCUACUCUAUUACCCCCCUAUGAACAAGCUCACCGGGAUAGUCAGGUGUUGCUACCAUGUCCUUGUCGUUUAGAUGCUACUCAGGUUGAACCUACUGAAAUCACCCCCUUCACAACGCAGACCGUUUUAGCAAGCUCUUCUGAUGGUAGUUCUCGUAAGCCUGCUCGUCCAGAAUUAUUUCGAAUUCCAUCAACGAAUCCACCUCCCUUUGAUGAAGAUGUUUGUCCUCCGCCUUGCGAAACUCCUCUCCCUAAUUAUGACGAACUAUUUGAUGCUCUUAGUUCUAUAAAUAUUCAAGAUUGUGAAACGGAUCUUGCUAAUGACGACACGAUACUGAAUAAUCGUAACAGAAGAACGCAAGUUACGACCAGUAAUAGUACCAGGGUGCCUCGUAGACAUUUGUCACGAACUGCUAGUCGCAGCUUUGAUGUACAUCGUUAGUUUCGAUGUCGGAUGAUCGAACCGCAAAAUGUGUAACUUCCGAUGUUAAACUUGGGUUUCCUUUUGGUUAAAAAUGAUGAUAUGUGGUGACAUGUUUGGGUAUACCAGCUGGGCUGGUUCUACUGCUACCAGGUUGGAUGAUAUUUAGUUGGUUACAUUUUCAACAUUGACUUUUUUAUGGUCUUAGAUUGAAAUCGUUGCUUGGGCACAUAUAAACGGCUGCGUCAUUGGAAAUACAGUUAAAAAAGAGAUUAUAUGACCGUCAAAAAGCACGUUAUUUGUUUUAUAUAUUUACUAUUCUUUUUGUUCAUGAUAAUAUUAUUCCGUAAAUCAUGAUAUACUAGAUAUGUUCGUAUAAUUGUUAUCGUUUACCAGUGGGAAAUAUUUAAUUUUAGUGAUAAUCAUUUAGAACAGCUCUGGAAAAUGAAAAAUUGUCUUGUGUUUAUGGUUA